AUGACGGAAAGGGUAAGGACCGGAGAAGGACCCUCCAAGAAGAGAAACAAGCCAAAUUCCAAGAAAGGAAAACGGUUCUACAAGAAGAAAGACAAGAGCAAGAUGAAGUAUUACAAUUGCCAAGUCCCAGGGAAUUUUGCUCGUGAGUGCACUGAGCCGAAAAAGGUAGCAUUUCAAAGCGCAUCUCUUAGUGCUAUAUAUGUUUCUAGCACUGUUUUACUAACUAAAUCUUAUCCUGUGUGGAUUAUAGACUCAAGGGCCACCGACCAUGUGAGCCGCGAUAGAGAAGCAUUUAUAGAGUUUCGUCGAGUUCCACCUGGAUCAAAUCACGUAUAUGUGGGAAAUAAUGCUAAGCUUGAAGUCAAAGAGAUAGGCACUUGCAUAAUGGACAUGCGUGGUGGCCAAUCGUUGAUGUUGCAUGACGUCCUAUAUGUUCCAGAGAUUCAACGAAACUUAGUAUCUGUGUCUGUUCUUCUAGAUUUAGAUUUCAAUUUGAACUUUAGUCACAGUGGUCUUAGAAUUACUCAAAACAAUAUUUUUUUAUGA